AUGAAUUCCACACGCCAAAAACGCAAGUCCUGCGAAUCUUGUCGUAUGCCAUCUCUCCCUAAUCCAUGCCCCACUAACACCCACCCAGGAGCCCGGAAGCUCAGAUGCUCAGGGGAAAAGAGUGGAUGCUCCCGCUGUCGGGGCCUAUCCAUGCCCUGUAGAUUCAAAGAAGAGGGUGCACCCGGAAGACCAAGGAAACGACUACGAGAAGAGACUGGGCGAGAAGAGCGGACUGGUUCUGAUUCUUCGGGCUCGCGCAUUUCACCCGUCAUCCCUGAAGCUACCUUGAGUCCGCAAGAGACUGUCAACUUAUUGAUGAGGGCUGAGGAUUUCGACUCGGUGUCGUGUGGCAUAUCCGGAAAUUGCGGAUUUGACUCUUCGCACUGGGAAAUGCUGGGGAAUGGCGAGAUCUGCUCGGCACCACUGGAGACAUGGCAGAUUCCGCAGCAGAAUGCCUUGCCAGAACAAGAAGCCGAGGUCCCGCAGAUUGCGUUGGAUGCAUACGCUUCCCCCUUAUCAUUUGCACAGUCGUGUAACUGUGACGAAGAAGUUUCCAGCAUUGUCCGCAAUUUAAGUCAGGCGAAUGUAUCGCACGAUAUCCUCCCGACACUUCGAACGGGCGUCUCAUUGACAGAGAGGAUACUCGUAUGUCCGAUUUGCUACGACGUGUCAAAACCACCCCGGGUGACUGUUCAAAACGUGCUACUCAUCGGCCAUCUCAUGUUCGAGAUCACAUCUAGCUACCAGAAAUAUCUCCGAUGGCUGAAUAAACACUGCACCACCCUCGAUGCCAGGAACGAAAGCCAGACAAUCUAUCUAGAUUCGGAGAUAGGGAUAGCGCCCGAGCUGAAUUUGCAGAUCAGUGGGGAGAAGUUCAGAGAGAUGGUUGUACAUGGCUUGAAAGCUGAUGCUGAGCGGUUGUCGGUGCUGGGGAAGAGUUUCGCUCUGCGGCAGAGGAAUCGGCAUAUCGUUGGCCAUGAAACUUGCCCGGACCCGGAUGGGGAUUGUCGGAAGAAGGAGUACGGUAUUGGUCAUGAUCCGCUGGAUCUUUGUCCGCAGAAUCCUGUGGCUCGGAAGUUGAUCCCCUGCUUUCGCAUUGUCGAUGAGGUGCGGCAGAUGGUUGACCAUGUUUCUGCUGCUGUUGCAUGA